GAAAAGUUCAGUGCUCAGGCAGUUUGGGCGUUGGAGAAGCAGGCUCCGAAAUAACGAAGCCGUGCACGGAGUUAAACAGUGCGGAUGGCUUCAACCGAGGCAAUGUAACAUACAAGUGUACCAGCAGCUCCUGGGUGGUUGCCAGAAACGACUGCCUUUCUGUACCAAUAAACAACUUGCUUCUGGGUGCUGAGGCUUUGGUCAAUGAUCCCAAUGGAAGAGCAAACCUGCCUCAAUAUCUUGAGGACCUUCAGAGAAAUACAGCAGCAGAACAAAGUGCACUAAAUCAUUCUGCAAACCUAGCUGCAGUUGUUACCAUCCUAGAUUUGGUCUCCAACAUCCCAGCAUAUGCAGACACAGCCACUGUUACAAAUUUCCUCUCUACAGUGGACACGAUUGUUAACAAUUCCAGAAUAGGAACUUGGGAAACACUGGCUAAACAACAGCCACAUAAAAGUUCUUUGUUACUGCAUUCAGUAGAAAGAUUUUCAGAGCAACUCCAACCCGUUAAUAAUACCAUUCCUUCUGUAAAAACAGACACCGUUCAACUAGACGGCAUAGUAGUGACAGAAAACAGCAAGGAAGACUAUAGUAAGAUCUUCACCAGUAAAGAAAACCUCACAGUUAAUGUGCUAAUAAAUGAAGCUGAAGUCGAGACUCUGCCACAAAACUCAACCAUUGUCAGUGUGGUCUACUCAACCCUUGGACAUAUUUUGCCCCAGAGUAACUCCAUGUUUGUGAAUGGCUUACUGCUAACAACAACUGUGAGCAGAAAUAGAAGCCACAGCAUCUCCAUUAAUAUGACUUUUGCAAAGAAAGAUACUUCCCUAAAGGAUCCGCAGUGCGCGUUUUGGAGCUUUGGUGCCGAUAGCAGUGGAGAAUGGAACAGUAGUGGUUGCACACCCACGGAGACAGCAAAUGAUGUCAUUUGCUCCUGCAGUCACUUGACAUCAUUUUCAAUUCUGAUGUCACCUGAUGAACCCCAUCAGGGAAGCCCUGAAGAUUAUAUUACUUACACUGGCCUGGCCAUUUCCAUCUUGAGUUUGGUGGUCUGCAUUAUAAUUGAAUCCUUAGUCUGGAAAUACGUGACGAACAACACGACCUCCUAUAUGCGCCAUGUCUGUAUACUCAACAUAGCUAUGUCACUCCUACUUGCUGAUAUUUGGUUCCUUGCCACUGCUUCCGCCCAUUACAAUAAGGGUCUCUGUAUAGCGGUCACCUUUUUCGUCCAUUUAUUCUACCUCAGUGUCUUUUUCUGGAUGCUCAGCCUGGGCCUCAUUCUUUUCUACCGAUUGAUCUUCAUCUUACACAACCCAAGCAAGACUGCUCAGAAAGCAGUGGCAUUCUGCCUGGGAUAUGGAUGCCCUUUAGUCAUUGCAGUCAUCACCAUCGCUGUCACUCUGCCAAGGAACGAUUACACCAGAAAUGAAGUCUGCUGGCUCAAGUGGACAGGCAGCAAGGCUCUCUUGGCCUUUGUCAUACCUGUCCUGAUCAUUGUGGUCAUUAAUCUGUUCAUCACUGCGGUCGUCAUAAUAAAAAUACUGAGGCCAACCAUUGGAGACAGGACAAACAAGCAAGAGAGGAGCUCUUUGAUUCAAAUUGGCAAAAGCGUGGCCAUCCUGACACCACUAUUAGGCCUCACCUGGGGAUUUGGCUUUGCCACCAUCGUCAGAAGCAGCUCUCGGGCAUUCCACAUUCUCUUUGCUUUGCUCAAUUCUUUUCAGGGAUUAUUCAUUUUGGUGUUUGGGACUCUCUGGGACAAGAAGAUACAAGAAGCCUUGUUGAAGAGGAAUUCACUGUCCAGAUGGCAGAGUCAACAAGAGCAGUCAACCUCUCUUAUGCUGGUCACUCCAAUGUUCUCUAUGAGCUAUCCAUUUUCAAGAACUUUUAACAAUUUAUGCGGCAGAACAGGAAAAUACAGAGUAUCCUCUUCAGAGCCAUCCACCUCUUCCUCUGAAAACACUUCCAAGUUAUAUUCUUUGCUGAACUGAGGCACUGCAAAUGCUAAGCAAUGAACCUAUAAAAAGGCCCAUGCCCUUU